AUCCAUCCUCGCGGAAGUUGUGACGUGGUCGCAUGAGUUUGGUUCGUGUGACUGUCUACUCGUUGAGGUAGAGCCGGGUAGUGACACAGCGGCUGUAUCAGAAUGUCAGAAGGGGACAGUGCUGGGGACUCAAUCCAUGGAAAACCAUCUGUAGUUGCUGCCUUUUUCACACGGGUCGGACAGAUCUAUCAGUCAUGGCUCGACAAAUCAACACCAUACUCUAUAGUGCGAUGGGCCUCCACACUUGUACUUACUGCGCUGUACAUGAUCCGAGUGUACAUACUCCAGGGUUGGUACAUAGUUACAUAUGCCUUGGGAAUCUACCAUCUGAACCUGUUCAUUGCUUUUCUAUCACCAAAAGUGGAUCCUUCACUGCUUGAUGAAGAUGAGGGCCCAGCCCUUCCUACCAAGCAGAAUGAAGAGUUCCGUCCUUUCAUCAGGAGGUUGCCUGAGUUCAAAUUCUGGCAUUCAGCAACAAAAGGCAUUGUCAUUGCCAUGGUUUGCACCUUUUUUGAAGCCUUCAACGUGCCGGUGUUCUGGCCUAUACUUGUGAUGUACUUCAUCAUGCUCUUCUGCAUCACCAUGAAGAGGCAGAUCAAGCAUAUGAUCAAGUAUAGAUACCUACCAUUCACGCAUGGAAAGAGGACAUAUAAAGGCAAGGAAGAAACAGGGAAACCUUUUGCUAGUUAAAACCCCCACUUCCCUUUGUCCUUGUAUGAAAUUUACCAUUCACAGUCCAUGGAGAGAUAGGGGCUCAGAUCAUUUUUUGUAAGGGGACAUUUACAUGACAAGAAUAAAAACGACACCAUUAUUGAUCCACGUUUGACAGUGUUGUAAGAGCAUUCUCUCGGCGCAGAUCAAACAAGUCUGAAAGUGUUGCCUUUGACCACUAGGAUUGAUGGGAGGGGAGGGGGCGUUCUUUAGAGGACUCUAGUCCUACAUUUAGAUUUGGCCAACAUUUGUUAGGAGUCGGUGGGACUCUGUGCUGCCGUUUGCCUUUUAAAGCCUGCUGGUUUUGUACGAGCUCACAGAGAACCACAAUGAAAAAGCAUUUACUCCCCCUCUUGUUAGCCCCCGUUGAUUUUUCAAUAAUAUAAAUGGAUGGAUGAGUAUUAUGUCA